CCCCCCCCCCCCAGCGUUAGUCGGCAGGCUGGAUACGGCUGGAUACGGUUCAGCACCACUGCAGGCUGGACAGCUCCCAGCAGCAGGGAAAUCUGGCAGGAGUCCGACCCUUCCUGGCUGCCCAGCUCCUGCCUUCUCAUUCCUCGAAGACAUUGAAAGGGCUGCCAAGCUGCUUGCCCUCCUUGUUCCCUCUGUUGGAAUAAAGCUUCAGCCUGAUCAUCAUGAACAAGCGCCAUUGCAUCGCAGAACAAACUGCAGGCAGCAGUGCAGGAGGCACCCAAAGGGAGACACCAAGGCUGCUCGUAGAUGGUGAACAUUGUGUGGAUUAUGAUCAAAGUUCAGGAAUUGUGCAGGAGGCUCAGCAUAACUUGCUGCAAGAGUCACCGAGCUUUGUGCGAGACAAACUGCCUUCAUCUACUUUCUGCCACCAACUGACUUUGAAACGAUCCAAUGGAGAGGUGGCGCCUCACUCAGGGGACAUAUGCCAGAAUCCAAAGUGUUGCCAAUGUAACCAUCAAGAGUGCAAAACAAACUACCUUACUCCUCAACUGCCAGGUCACGAAGAGAGAGCAACAUUGUGCUCCCAGCACUCCAGUGGAAGUGCUCCUUCUGAAACUUUCCAUCAAACUACAGAAUGUCUAUGGAAGCCUUGGGGCAGCGAGCAGAGAACUGGUCAGCCAAUGCAACACCAUGUUGUCUCUGUCAGCGACAGUAAAUGCCUGAAGAUGCCACAAAGUUAUUCUCAGCUGAUCACUGAAUGGCCACUACCAGUCCUGGCAAUCUGUUUGCUUCUAAUAAUCAUGUGUACUCUGUCUGGGCUCCUGGUCGGACAAAUGCCAGACUUCUCAGAACCUCUGAUGGGAUUUGAGCCUAGAGAUACAGAAAUCGGGAGAAAGUUAAUAACUUGGGGGAACAUGCAGACCAACACCGGAUACAAGAAAACACUGUCUGUCUAUCCUCACAGUGAGAAGAGCAGCUUGGAUGAUACAGACCUCAACCAAGGGAAUGAAAAACUGUUUCAAACCAGAAGAGACCAAACUCGGAACCGCCGCAUGGUUGAACAAGAAGAUGGGGUCGAAGGAUUUUUCUGUGGUCCUCCAGAAAAGAGCUACUCGCAACUUGUGUUCAUGUCUAAAACAGCAGGGAGUUUGUGGAAUCUGCAGGCAAUUCAAUCCAUGUGUCGCAUGGAAAAUGAAAAGAUCCGUUCCCACCCCAGCUUUACAGAAUUUUGUGAGCGCAGCCAUACAAAAGAAUGCUGUCCCAGUUGGUCUCUUGGGAACUACAUAGCUGUCCUGUACAAUCGAUCAUCAUGCAUGGAAAUCACACAGUCUGAUAUUUCUCAUACUCUAACUCUUCUACGCUCCUGUGCACCGGACUACCAUAGAGGCGCCCUCACCCCUUCGUGCAUAGGCCCCAGGUCAGAGAGGGCGAAGCACUCUCACUGUGCCAAAGUGCCAGAGAAAUGCAUUCGAUCCAGCGCAGUGUAUCAGUUGCUUCACUUUCUGCUUGACAGAGACUUUUUGAGCCCUCAAACGACAGAUUAUCAAGUUCCAUCAUUAAAGUACAGUUUGUUAUUUUUGCCUGCCAAAAAGGGGUCUUCAAUGAUGAACAUAUACCUAGACAAUCUGGAGUCCUGGGAUCUCUUUGAUAACUACACGGCCAUUACAGGAAUGGACUUGGGGCUAAAGCAGCAACUUUUUCAGCAUUAUCUAGUCUUGGAUACUGUGUAUCCAGUGUUGGCGAUAAUAGCUAUUUUUCUAAGCAUUUUUUUUUACCUGCGUUCUGUUUUCAUAACUUUUAUGAUCAUGAUAUCUGUGAUUGGCUCACUAUUGAUCUCUUUUUUCUUAUACAAACUGAUUUUCAGACUGACUUUCUUUCCGUUUGUUAACUUGAUUGCAGGUAUCCUUCUCAGCAGCAUCUGUGCCAACCAUGCCUUUGUUUUCUUCGAUCUAUGGAACCUUAGCAAGAUUCAGCACUCUGCCGCUGGGCUCAUGCAAUGGGUGAGCCACACUAUGCACCACUUUGGAUAUCUUAUGGUGGUCUCUUGCUUUACAAUGGGAGCUGCAUUUUAUGCCACAUAUAUGAGCAGCAUCACCUCUGUACGCUGCUUUGCCAUCUAUAUGGGUUCUUCGGUGCUGGUCAAUAUGAUAUUCAUGAUAAGCUGGCUCCCUGCCACCAUUGUUGUUUAUGAACGGUACAUAGCUGUCAACUGCUCUUAUAAAUCUGAAGAAUACUGGAAUAGCAGCACACAUAAAAGGCUCUUGCUUUCCUUUUGCCAAAAGUUUAAAGGUCUCCAGAGCACUUUAUCUGAAACCUCAAAACUUCUCUUUGAGAAGCUUCUUCCCUGUGGGGUAAUAAAAUUUCGAUACAUCUGGAUUUGUUGGUUUGCAGCCCUAGCGGCAGGUGGUGCGUAUAUUGCUUGCAUGAGCCCGAAACUGAAGUUGCCCUCUUCUGAAAUGUCAUCUCUUCAAGUAUUUCGACUAAGCCAUCCGUUCGAGAGGUAUGAUGCCGAAUACUGCCACCAGUUCAUGUUUGAUCGAUCAGAGCAUGGUGAAGGACAACAUAUGCCUAUUACACUGAUUUGGGGCAUUAUGCCACUGGAUAACAGUGACCAUCUCAAUCCAAAAGCCAAUGGAACACUGGUUACAGAUGCUACAUUUACUAUUAGGAAUGCUGAGGAUCAGAAUUGGCUAAUGGAGUUGUGCCAUAAGGUGAAAAACCAAAGCUUUUAUUACUCUGACCAAGGCAAGAAACCAAACAUCUGCUUCAUGGAAGACUUCCACAGGUGGAUGGAAAGCCGACAGUGUUCACAAACUGACCAAAACCUCAACCUUUGCUGCAAUCAUGUUACAUUUCCCUAUAAGAGUGAUAUACUGCUUCACUGUAUAAAAAUGAUGGUGAGAGAACAAGGGGGCGAUGGAACAGAGGUUUAUGACAUUGGUCCCAGAUUUGAUGCAGACGGUAACCUUACAGCCUUGGUUUUAGAAUUUCAGACUGUGUAUCAUUAUAGCUUCAACUACAGCAAAACCAAGAAGUUUUACAACACUUUAAACCAAUGGCUGAUGAAUGAAAUGAGGAAUGCUCCAUCUGGUCUACAGAAUGGGUGGUUUACAAGCAAGCUUUCUCUUUAUAAUCUUCAACACACCCUAAAUACCGAAAUUAUGGUGGUAACCAGCUUUUCCAUUGCAAUUUCCUUUGUGGUUCUGCUGCUCACUACGUGGAACGUCUUCCUUAGUCUAUUUGCUGUGGCUGCAAUUGGAGGAUCAGUUAUGGUCACAACUGGACUUUUGGUUCUUUUAGAAUGGCAGCUGAAUGUAAUAGAAUCGCUACUCAUUUCAGCAGCCGUAGGUCUUUCUGUGGACUUCACAACUAAUUACUGCAUUUCAUACCAUCUUUGCCCACAUCAAGACCGCCUAAGUAGAGUAGCAUUUUCCUUAAAACAGAUGAGUUGUGCCACGGCUAUGGGGGCUUCCACCAUGUUUUCUGCUGGAAUAAUAAUGCUGCCUGCUACCGUGCUGGCUUACAGGAAAUUGGGCAUUUUUAUAAUAAUGAUAAAAUGCAUAAGCUGUGGAUUUGCCAGUUUCUUUUUCCAGUCACUAUGCUGCUUUUUUGGACCAGAGAUGAACUGUGGGCAGAUAAUAUGGCCCUGUGCCAGUGCGUUUAAAGAAUAUCCAAAUGAUUCAAGAUUAAACGGUACAUUUGUUUGUGGUGGUACAGAAAAACAUAACAGAAUAAGGAAAGUACAAGAGUCCAACACUGACAAUGAACAAUAUGAGCUUCAGCCUUUAGCUAGGAACCUCAGUGACAGUUUUGAUAAUAGCACCUGUACUAGUAAACUCUCCAAACGUCCAUCUAUGGUUUCUGAGGAUAUCCAAAUCUCAGAGUACAAAUACCCAAAGCUUGGAAGCCAGCAGAAUGUGGAAUCAGAAGGGUUAGAGGCUAAUGCCAUUGGCCACCAAGCGGUAUUUAGUGAUUGCCCAGCUUUGCAAACCUCAUCCCCAUACAGACAAAGUAGCUUUGACAAUGAGACAGAAGCACAAAAUGAAUCUUGCAGAGGCUGCAUCUGUCAAAAUAUGAACAGCAAGAACUGGAAUGGUUCUGUGGUUGAUCAUAACCAAGAAGAAAAGAUUCACUGUCCAAAGCAGCCAAACAGCUUAAUAAGUCCUACAGAUAGUGAAAUACAGUCAGUGCUCUAUUCUGAAAAUAAAAGCAUUCAAAUGUAUGAAUAUUCCAGGUGCCUUUGUUCUAUGGGAAGCUCGUUUGAUGCCCUUGAUUCAAAUGAAACAUGUCUUAGUGAGCUUGACCAGAGUUCAAGGUUGGUUGAAACAACAAGUUGCUCUCCUGAUUUUCUUGAUGUCCCUAAUUCCCCAUGCCAUGAUGAAAGGGGUCACUUGAAUGGCAAAAGGGACACCCUAAGACUGGCCCUUAAGGAAACAGUGUUUGAUUCAGCAUCUUCAAAACAGGCAUGUAUGUCAUGGAAAGUCCAGUCUAGUCAAGGCAGUGACAACUCUGUUGUUCUACCAAACAGCAAACCAGAUAUGCCUGACGUCUGGAUAAAGAGGUCUAAUGAAUAUAAUUCUGGCUAUAUUAGCUGAACAGUCGCCUUGAGAAAUGUCUAAUGGAUUUUUUUUUACAAGAACUAGAAUAUAACCUCAGUGUUUUUCAUAAAUCUGAUCUAAUUAAUAUGAAACAGUGAAGCCGGAAGACAGAAGACAGCGGUGCAAACACAUUAUUAUUUUAUUACUUUGUAAAUAAUGCUAUAUUUAGAUCUUUAUGCUUACAUGCCUCUCUAGCCAUUUAGCAGAUUUUACCUAUGUACAAGCAAAUAUUUGUUGAAGAAGACAUCAUUUUGUGUGUAAUACAUGACAGCAUUAUUUGUACCUCUAGAAAGAACUAUGAUAAACAAUGUAUGAUAAGGAGAGCCUUCAUAUGCAAAAACCAAUUGCUCAAUAGGUAACCAAUAAAAAAGCACAUCUCAAGUCCUAUGAACCAUGGAAAUUAUUCUGAACAUUCAUUUUGCCUAAAAAUGCCUGAUUGUGUCAGCAGCCACAGUUCUCUUCUGAUAGGUAUAAGCUCCAGGACCCAAAGAAUAGGCAGAUGUAUGCACCCAUUGUUUUGUAUUUGAUUUUAAAUCCUUUAUAAUAUACAGUAUAACUGAUAAUUUAAAAAAUAUGUGAAGGAUUUGGUAAGCCCAGUAAGGUUAAAAGAGUUCACUGUGCUCCCAAAGCAUAAUUACUGCCACAGUACACACUAGUAUAUUUCUCAUAUGUCCCUUUCACAUUGUCUUUAUUUAUCUCUGCAUUUACUCAAAUGUCCAUUUAUAAAGACUAAAGGCUAUGAUACACUAGAGGUUUUGAUGGUCUUCAGGCCCAGACUGGCAAUCAGUGAUUCUGGCAAAUACCAAAGGGGCUGCUGUAAGAAGCCGUAGAUAGUCCCUAUUUAUUGGGCCUGUGGGAGGCUGUUUAAGCUUGAAAUGCCAGGGCCUAUUUUAUUCAUAGACAGGACCUGCUUACAUAUAAUGAACUAGGAAGGGGAGCAAAGUGUAGGAAGAGGUCUAGGAGUAGCAUAUCUCUUUACAAAAUCUUAAAAAGGCAAGGUGCUCAGUGUGUGUGUUGGGGGGGUCACCAGGUUCCAUUUAAAACAGUAAAUUAUACUAAAAACAGCACAUACUUGCCAAAUAGGAGCAUUAGUUAUACAGUUAAUUAGUAUAUAGUCCCAACAUGUUCAAAAUAGAACAGGGUCUUUGUUAAGGGAACAACUAGGGUUGCCAACUUUUCUGGAAAAAUAAUACCAUCCCUACUAUUUUUUACCUUUUUCCCUAUUAUAAGCAGGAAAUAGUGGAUGGGAGAUGACGUAGGGAGGACCAAGGGAGUGGGACGUAAAAGGGACUGGCGUUGACCUAGAUAAUGCCGAUCAGGCACAGAUUGGGCAUGUAUGAAGGGUUAGAGAGCUGUCAGGGUUAGGGGAGUGGAAAGAGAGAGGUGGACAGGGAAGCGGGGUGGCCUGGGGGCGGAGCCACAGUAGAUUCCAAAUUUACUGUCAAUUACAUUGUAAUUACCAGCUCCGUCUUUGGCUGGUAUUUUACCAGCUAGGCUGUAAAUACCGGCCAGGUGGCAACCCAAGUUCAAUCAGCAUCAAUUUGCAUUUUGCCUUUGUGGCCAAACCACAUGCUCAUUAUUAGUUUAUUCAGCAUACAAGUGGAAUGAACAGUCUGUAAUCGAGCCCGCCUCCAUAGGGCCCCCUUUAGGGAGCUGAGAAUGUUAAAAUAUGUUAAAGGAUAUUGGUAUUUGUUAUAAUAAGCCAUAGCUUUUUUUUAUAUCUGUUAGCUUUAUUUAAAAAAUAUUCUAGUUUAAUAGAUAGAAGUGUAUUACAAAAUUGUAUUUUCUGUUUCUUUUAAAGUUACAAUACUUAUUUCCAGUGUAUUUAUUUUAUGAGAUAUUAGUGUACUAUAUCAGGGAUUAGUAUAGCCCAGAUUAAAUAUGGUUCAUAUACAUUGGUAUAUGGUUUUGUUGCGUACCCACUAAUGUCUGACAUGCCAAUGUUUGCACAUAAGGCCUUAUUGCCUAAAAUAAUACAAAUACUUGGCUCAAUUUAUGUGAUGAUGUCUCAUAUUUCACUGUUGUAUAUGAAGUGAUAAAAAAACAGUUUUGUUUUUUGUUAAUUAAUACUGAAAUAUGCACUUCUGCAGCUCGGUACGAUCAGUAUUUCUCUUAUGAUGGUUACCAGCUGUCUCCUGUAUAUAAUUUUAGAAUAGAUUCAUUUUGUCAUGCAAUCUUCUUAAAUGUCUUUAUCCUAGAAUCUGUUUUCCUUGUCUCUUUUUAAACGCACUUUUAUCUGGAAUUAUCAAAUGUAUUAUGUAUGACACACUGGCAGUUUCUACAUUGUUGUUCAUGCUGUUGGGAUAUAAUAUGGGGUUGAUGUAUGUGUUUUCUGCAUUGAUCGAUUUUUGUUAUCUUUAUGCAGGAUUUUUCUCCCCAAAAUCAUGUUUUGAGAGUUCAUAAAUCUGCCCCUUAAUAUUACUGCUUACCUAUAAACAUCCAAAUUCCAACCACAGCAGCCAAGGCCAUGAUUUCUGGUGCAAACUCUGCUCAGUUCCUUCAAUCAUUAGGCUCCAUGACUACGAUCAUUUGUCCUGCUUUGAACUAAAAUACAAAGCACUAGGUUUUAAAAUUAUCUAAUGUACAUAGGUGGGUUAGAAAGGACACAUAAAUACUAAUUAAACACAUAUUAAAACACAUCAGAUACCAGUCGGCCAAAACACCAAAACAAACUCACUGUGUAAGCUAUCUACAUAGGGGUCUCUUGGUAUCUGUAUUUCAAAGAGAUGUCCACUGGAGAUCACAUUUUCAUGUAGACUAUUAAUUUUUAGGGCAAUUUGCAGUUGGUCAUUCUUUUUAUUACUUGUGAUGUCCAAUUAUUUAACUUUUUGGUCUCCAGCUCUUCAGUUACCAAAGUUUGUUGGACCAUGAACAAAAAAAAAGCAUGUACCAAAAUAAAACUGUGAUAGGAUAAAUACAACAAUCGGUAUCUAUUUAACUUACAGAAAGAAGCUUUUGGGGGCUUUGAGAUCUAUUAAAAAUGAAUUACCAUGUACAACAUUGUUCAAAAAAUUGGUAGAACAAGGCAAAGAUAUAUGCCCAACCUAUAUGUAUACCUAUAUAUAUAUCUUUAUUUGAUAUUUGCAAUGAUGUUUAAUUUCAUGACACUGUAUAUACUGCACACAGGGAGUGGGUUGGAUGCCAAUUUACAUAAUCAAGUGGCUAUUAUACAUUGUGGGAUCCUGAUGUGUGUUGGGGUGUCUUGAGAAAGGUCCUCUUAGCAGGACCGAAAUGUUAAUAAAAACUUUUUCACUCUCAUUCA